AUGUAUUACAACAAACAUUGUAGUACAAGAGUAAUUCUUUCAUUAAUUAGCACAAUUUUAUUGUGUGUAUUGAUUGAAAGUAUUAUUGUAGAAGGUCAAUGUCCUCAUCAACAAGUUGGUUUGGUCAAUUUUAACACAUUAACUGGUUGGAAUGUUGCCAAUUAUGAUAUUGUUAUUACAAAAGCUGUCAAGUUAAAUAUUUCUCCUCCAAACAAAUUACGUUCAAUCACUGUUAAAUCAGGUGGUUCUUUAAUUUUUGAUAAUAUUGAUCUCAAUUUGAAUUUGAAUUUCAUUAGAGUUGAAUCAAAUGGUAGUUUUAUAAUGGGUAGUUCAAAUUGUCCAAUCACUUCAAAGGUUAUCUUGACAUUGUAUGGUGAUCGUGUCAAUAGUUCUAUCAAUGAUCUUGGUAGUGAUCCAUUCGAUGGAAGUAAAUUGGGUUCAAAAGGUGUUGCUUUCUUGAGUGGAUCUAUUGUUCAAAUUUAUGGUAAAGUUGAUGGACCAAGUUGGAGUGAAAUUAUCAAGAAUUCCACCAAGGGAAGUUCACAACUUGAAUUGAAAGAAGCUGUUCAAUGGAGAGUUGGUGAUUCAAUUGUUGUUGCUUCAACAGAUUAUGGUGAAUUAUAUGAUUAUAGAGUUGAAAAGAAUGCUUCAUUGGGUUGGAUUCGUGGUGAACCAUUUCCAAAUCAAAAUGAAGAGAGAAAGAUUAUUCAAUUAUUGAAUGGAAACAAGACCAUUAUUUUAGAUAGAGCAUUGAAUUAUACUCACUUUGCAAGUGUUGAUGGAAAGAUUCGUGCAGAAGUUGGUUUAUUGACAAGAAGAAUUGUUUUCAGAGGUGAUGAUUCAUCUGAAAGUUCACUUUUUGGUGGUCACUUUAUUAUUCGUUUGGUUGAUAAAUUUAAUAUGGAAGGUGUUGAAAUUACAAGAUUUGGUCAACAAGGUUUAAUGGGAAGAUAUAGUUUCCAUUUCCACUUGUUACAAAACAAACCAUUUGGAUUGAAUUUCACAGUUAAGGAUAAUACAGUUCAUCACAGUUUCCAAAGAUGUUAUGUUGUUCACGAUACUAAUUAUAUUUUAUUGAAGAAUAAUGUUUGUUAUCGUGCAUUUGGUCAUAUGUACUUCUUGGAAGAUGGAUCUGAAGUAGGAAAUGAAUUUAACAAUAAUUUGGGAGUUGAUCCAAUUCCAAUCUCAAGAGAAAAUCCUCGUCAAAUCAUUUUAUCUGAUUCUGAUGUUUCAGUUUUUUGGAUUACUAAUCCAAACAAUACAUUCAUUGGAAAUCAUGCAGUUGGUGGUCGUUUCCCAUUUUGGUUUACAAUGCCAACAUUCCCAACUGGAUUGAGUGCAAAUAGAUACGCAGCUGGCUCUAUUAAUCCAAGAACUGCUCCUCCAAAACCAUUCGAAAACAAUGUUGGUCACAGUUCAUCAGGAAAUGCUCUUCACAUUGAUGAUAUGGAAAAAGCUGAUGGAAGUACAGAACUUGCUGGUUAUUUUCCUUCAGGUGUUGUUGAAGCACUUUACAAUGGAUUUAUUGCUUAUAAGAAUAGAGGAUAUGGUGUUUGGGCACGUGGUGGUUUACUUCGUUUCAAAAAUUUAUUCUUAACUGAUAAUAGAAUUGCCAUGAAUUCUCCACCAGGACCAAGUAUCAUUCAUGACAGUACUUUUAUUGGUGAAUCUGAAAAUGUUGGUGAAUUUUCAUACAGACCAAAGAUUGAUCUUGGAAAUAGAACAAGACCAGGUCAAUAUGUUAGUUCCAAUUUGGAUUUGAUUAAGGGUUAUGAAACUUAUGAUAAUGGUGGUCCACAAUACUUGAGAAAUAUCACUUUUAUCAACUUUGUUACUGAUUCAUUCAAAUAUGCAGGUUCCUUAUCUUCAUUGAAUAAUUACUUUAAACAUCAAUCCAAAAACAGAUAUGCCAAUUUAAAGUUUGUUAAUGCAAACAGAUAUAUGGUUUUCCCUUGGAAUUAUCCAACUUAUUAUGAUAAUCACAAGGCAACUGCUUUGAUGGAUGUGGACGGCUCAACCACAAGUAUUUCAUCAAUUGGUGGUUGGAUCACUGGUAAUGACACAACCAUGACAUUCACACAAUGUCAAGCAAGAACUGAAUGGAAUGCCUAUCAAUGUCCAUUCUUUGGUGAAUCUUUUGCUCAAUUCAGAGUUGUUAACUGGAAUUUAACAAGUGUUAACACAACUGGAAGUGAUGGUAUUAGUAGACCUGAUAUUAUUAACACUGGCAAGAGAGUUCCAAGAAUGAUUCUUGUUGAUUUAUUGAGAAAUCGUGAAUCCAAUGUUAUUGGUGCAUUAAUUGGUGCUACUCAAGAAUAUUUCAUGCAAAGUAACCUGAUUGCAAGAGGUUUCUAUGGGCUUCGUUGGCCAUACGACAUUCCAACACCAAAAGAUUUGAGUUUCUUCCUUGAUUCAUGUGCAUCAAAUGAUUGGAUUGUUGUUUCUGUUCAAUAUCCAAAAGGAACAAUUUUCAACAUUAGAUUCUACAUGAGUCCAACAACAAUUAACAUGACCAGAACUGCAAACUUUACAACCAUGUUGAGUGAGCCGACCAAAUAUUAUUAUUAUGAUGAUGCCACUGAACAUUUGUACUUGAAGAUCCAAAAUAAUGCACCAAGAUCCUGGUAUAGAGUUGUUGAUAGCUUUGUUGAUUACUAUUCAACUGGUGUUGUUUAUUUGAAUGCCACAUGUCCGAGAGGUAUUUGUGCACCAUCAAAAUUCUCCAAUCCAAGCAAUGCAGGAACAACAUAUAAGACAUUAAUGAGAGAAGAUAGAUUUGUUGGAAGAUUGGAAACAUGUCAACAAGCAAGUGUGAAAUCAUUGGCUGCCAAUUCCACAAGUGGAAGUGGUUAUGUUUUUGCAUUCUUGAAUUCCAAAACAGCUUCUCUUGAUUUUACUGUUCAACACAAUUUGAACGAUAUUGUUACAUCAAUUGAUAUUGGAUUUGGACUUGCAGGAAAGGAAGAAUACAUUUCCACACCAACCUCAAAGAUUAUUCCCUAUACUCAAAGCAGAUUUGGUUACACCUUGUCAUAUGAAGAGUGGAAUUAUUUACUCCAAGGUAAAAUGUUUGUGAAAUUAUCAACUACUCAAAAUGCAAAUGGACAUUUGAGAGCUCAACUCUAUAUUAACAACGCUACAUCAACAAGUUGUAAUUUACCACCUUUGGUUUCAAAUGUUAAACCGUGUGAUGCUUUGAAUUUGAAGAAUUCUUCCCAUGUUAUUUCAAUUUAUAGUGAAGGUCCAAAAUUGACAAAUGAAUGGUACAUGUAUGCCUAUGUUCCAGCUGAUAUUAGAAAUACAUUUGUUAAUGCUAGUUAUGCACCAGCUAUUUGUGGAAACUCAUCAAUGCAUUUUGGUUUCAGAAAGGGAAAUAUUUCAUUCAACAAGAUUGGUUCCAAUAAGAUUUAUGUAGAUACCAGUAUUUAUCAAUACUUUGAAUUCUUUAUCAAGACUGUCAAUAAUACUGGAAGUGUUCCAAGUUUGACAAUUGUAUUUGGUUAUUUGAAUGAUACAAAGGUUGUUGACUUUUCUAGAAUCAACACACAAGCUAAUCACACUCAAUAUUUAAAGAUUGAUGGAAAUACAGUGACUCGUGUGAGAAUUCCACUUUCUGAACUUGGUUUUGCACCAAUUCAAAACAUUCACAGAAUUAUCUUGUACUUGCCAGAUCAAACUAAUUUCAUUGAAUUCUUGAUGGAUAAUAUGAGAUUUGUUGGAGCACCAGCAACAGCUGAAAGCACAGCAAGAACCAUGACUGUUUCUCAAUGUAAAUACUUUGGUGGUGUUUCAUCAUGUGGAAGUUUGAGUUCCUAUACUUGUGGUAAUUCAAUGGCAAGGUUGUUACCUCCUCGGGAUGUAAUUUGCAAGUUAGCCUUUGAUUUUUUGGAAAUUUAUGAUAUUAAUCAAUUGGCCCAGAGUUGUAAAUUAAUUUAUUAUUGGUUGGUUUGUGAUGAUGCGAAAAAGGGUGAUGGCGGAUUUUGGAAGAGGAUUGCUAGACGAGAUGGAUUUUCUGAAUUUAGGGAAGAAUUAUCAGGUGAUGAAUGUAGGAAAAUGUAUUGGAAAUUGAUGGAGAGUAGAUUGAUAUUUGAGAAGGACUUGAAUUGUUUGGAAUCACAAACAUACUCAAUUCGUAAUCUUCAUUCGGAAAGUUAUGAAAAGUUUAAGGAAUUUGUGGCUACUAUUAACCAUGAUUUUGGUCAAUUGUUGUAUAUUUUAAGGAAUACUAGGAGGAAUGUAUUGACUAGAGCAUAUAUUGCAGUUUUUGGGCUUGUAGAUCAUUCAGAUAGUUCAUACAAUGAAAAACUGGAGAAAAUGGCAAGAUUAGCCAUGUUGGUUGAAGAUGGAGCUAUCUUUCAAACAAAUUUACAAUAUUUCGGUUUGGUAAAGAGUAAUAUUGUAGCUUGUUUGUUUAGCAAUAUCUAUCUACGGUCAAAUACUGAGCUCGAAAAUCAUUUUGUGAUUACUACUGCAUUUAGGACCAAUUAUCCUUUGGAAUCGAGUGCAAUGUUUGUGGAGAGUGCAAUUAUUUUGUUAGAAAAAAGAUUUAAAGAAACCCAAAGUGAUACAGACCAGUUUUAUAGAUUAUUUUGUACAGUUUUGGGGAAUCCUGAAAAGAGAAAGAUCAUACGGAGGAUUAAUGAAAUGAAAAUAUUCGUUCAAUUGUUUUUACAAUACAAAGGAGGAGAUGAGAUGGUUGAUAUUAUUUUAACGUUGUUACUGUGUGAAGACAAAUGCGGACGCGAGUCAAUCAGCUCAAUUACAUUUUCAGUUUUACAAGAAUCAAUAUUUGUACAUCCUUUACUAUUAGAAGGAUUAAUGAAAGAGGAAUUCUAUUCGAAUAAUUCAUGCCAUCCUAAUUAUUUAACUGUUGUUGGGAAAUAUAUUUCCACUCCCGAUUUGAAUAUUGAUUGUGGAUUAAGAGAAAGAGCUUUAAACCUUAUGGUAAAUAUGUGUAAUAUUAAGAAUAAUAAGGAUGUAAGAGAUCCUUUCCUGUAUUUCAUUCCUUGGGCUGAGAUCAGAAAGAAUCAAGCCUUUCCAAUUUUGGAAUUCAAAGAAAAUGCCCUCUCUGAAUUGAAUGAUUGUAUAUUUGAUUGUAUUAAGAAAGAUUUAAUUGUUUACUACCUUGGUAUUGUUAUAGAACUAGCUGAACAUGAUUUGAAGAAAACUGUGGAUAAUGGCGAUCAAAAUUCCGAUGAUGAAGAAAAAUCUAUGGAAAAUAAUUCAACGGUGAUGAGAGAAAGAUUUGAUUUGAAUGUUCUUUUACAUAAAAUUGAUCCGGACUUGAAUAUAUCAGUGGAUGGAGCUAGAGAAUUAGGACAUUGCUUAAUGAUGCAAAUGUGGUAUUUAGUAUUGAAAUGUCCGGAAUUAUUUCAACCAAAGAAGGAAUUUGAAAAGGACGCCAGCUUGUUGGAGGACUAUGUUGUUAAGAGACAACACGAGUAUUCGAAUCAAAUAUUUUAUGAUUUGUUGUUUUAUGAUGAUUCUGUGAAAAUGUCCAAGAUGAAAGGAGGCGAAUCAAAACAGAAAAAACAAAAGACCCAAAAGAAGGGAAAUCAACAAACAUUGAAAUCAUAUUUGAGUGAUUUGUUACGCUGUUGUUUGACAAGUGAAUUGGCGAAAGGUGCUCUGGAAACUUUUGAACAAUCUCUUUCGCUAGACCAUAAUAUUUCUCCUUCUAUCAGUCCAGAAGAUUUGAAGGAAUUAAUAUUGCAAAUAUUUACCUUCAAUAAUCCACCAAACAUGAAGCAAUGUAACAUUGAGGAUGUGCUUUUGUGCUUUGCAUCAGUAAUGGAAUAUUUGGCAUUAGAAGUGUUGGAAGGAUCUUGCUCUCUUACAAAUCAAGCUGGAUUACAAUUCAUUUGGUAUCCAGCCUUACAACAAUCCAUAUAUAUAGAUGAGGAUUUGGCUUCUACAUUAUUUAAUCAUAUUGGACUUAUUCCUAGGGUCGAUUUAAGAUAUUUUUACGGAGCUAAUACUCGAAAUGAAACUGUAAAUUGGACUGGCAUCUCAAAUGAUAUUGUGUUUGAGAUUUUAUCUAAAUUUGACAGCAUGAAUGACUUGAUGCAGAUGAGAUUGAUCUGCAAGAGUUGGAAUUAUACAAUUUUGACAAACAUGCUCAUUUGGAAGAAUCUCUCAAGGAACGUAAUGGUUAGAGAGGCUUUGUUUUCAGUGUGUGAUACUAGUUUUUCUGCAGAAGAAUUGGAAGAAACUCUAGGCAGAGCACAAGGUGAAUUACCCAAAUCAGCUCUUUCAAAGUUCCUCCUCCAAAAGAAAGAUUGGUCAGGCAUUUAUUUCGGCAAUGUCCACAAUCAUUUACAAUUUGUAAAGGAUUCUGAAAAAUUACUUGAACUUGGAUUUGAAUGGCUUCCAGAUCCAGGAGACCAAUCAUUGUCAUAUAGCGAGUUGAAAGAGGUUUUCCAAGAGUAUAUUGCAAAGGUUAGGUUCGGAGCUAGGAGUGAUCCCCUAACUCAGCAACCUGAGGAGCCCAAUUUUGAAAAAAUCAUGGUACCAAAAUCUCACUUUGACGAAUUCAACAAAAUUGGAAGAAACUACACAUAUCUUGGAAUGAUGGAUUUUUCACAACUUUCAUCCUUAGUUUCGUGUAGAAACUUCCCAAAAUCUGGUUUAUUGUAUUGCUUUUAUGAUUUUACAACUGAGAUUGGAUUUACACCUUUCUGUGAAGAAACAAACUUGAUACAAUUUACAAUCAGCGAUACUACCUUCCAAGUAGCAAAACCAUCAGCUACUUCUUCGUCUUUCAUGGAUUCAGUGAUGGUCAAUUCCAUUCCUUCUCAUCCACUCUUAUGGAUGCAGUCACCAUUCCUCAAUAAUUCAAGGAGUCAUGUUUUCCCAAGUUUUGCUUUCGUUAAGAGUACUCGAAUGGAAACCCUACCUGCAGAUAUUUGCCUGCUUUCUGAUUCAUUUUAUUUGAAUAGUGAAGACGAGGAUGAGGAGGCUACUUGGACAUUCGCAGUGUACAUUUCACAAAAUGAUUUAAGAAACAGAAAUUUCUCAAAAACAACUACCUUAACAGUGCCACACUACCAACAAUUUUUGAGGUAA